AUGCCAGCCGCCUUUCCCUUCUGGCUGCUGAGCUGCCUGCUCUUGGAGCUUCUGGGGCCCCUGAGGCUUGCCCAGGUGGAGGCACAGACCGUGUUGACGGACGAUGAGAUCGAGGAAUUCUUGCAAGGCUUCCUGCAGAAGGUGGAUUCUGAGAACGAGGAGGACGCAGAAGAGCAGGGAGCGGAGAAGGUGGCUCGAGGCGAGGAGCUGCCUGAAAGCCCAGGAAGGCUGAAGCCUGCAGGGAAAGACAGCGGCCCGGCAGAAGAAGGAGCUCCAGAGAGGGUUAAGGAAAAGCCCAAGAAAGGAAAAAAGGAGAAGCCGCCUAAACCAACCAAGAAGCCUAAAGUGAGACCUUCCAGGGCCCCCAAGAAAGAGAAGCCUCCCAAGUCAACCAAAAAGCCAAAGGAGAAACGUCCAAAGGCAACAAAGAAACCCAAGGAGAAAACCCCCAAGCCCACCCAAAAAACAACAGGGGGAAAGAAAACAGAGAGGCUUCCCUCUGUCCAGCCGCAUGAGGAAGAGGAGAGGUACCACUUGUCAGAGAGUCCGCUGAUCCCGCCCCCGGCUAGAGAGGAGGACUACUAUGAAGUGCCUGGUUCACCAUAUGGGAACGAAGAUGAGCUGUCUCGUGUGAAUGAAGAAGGGAUAUCUUUGUUCCCAGAGGAGCCGACAGAACCACGAUGGGAUGAGGGACAGGAUCCAAACAAGCAUCAAAUUGACUACUAUGAACCACCCACUGACCCACAGGAGCCCAGGAGAGAGGACCGGAACCGUGAAACACGGCCAAAGUCCCCUGGACAGCUGGAGCCGCCCACACUGGAUUACAAUGAGCAGAUUGAGCGCGAGGACUACGAGGACUUUGAAUAUGUUAGACGCCAACACAAGCCCAACAAACCACCAAAGAGGAAACCUGAGAGACCCAGGCCAGAGGAGAAGCCAAAGGAACCUGAAGAGUUGCCCAUCCCACCCUUUGAGAGUCAUUAUGAAGAAGGGUUUGAGCUUCCAGAUUAUGGGGACAUGGACUACACUCUGCCUCACCAGACGCCCAAAAAAUUCCCCAGCAAAAAAGACGAGGAAGAGGAGAUGGAGACGGAUGAAGAGAAACUCAGACUACAGAAGCCUAAGAAGGGGGGUGGCAGCAGCAAGGAAGAGGAGGACGGCGGCGACGUGGAUGGAGACAAAUGGGCAGAAGAAAAAACCAAGGAUCGAAAAGGGAAGCCAAAGAAAACAGGAGGGAAAAAAUGGGAGACCGAUGAGGAUGAGUGGACUCCAGAAGAGAAAAUAAAAUGCCCUCCCAUAGGAAUGGAAUCUCAUCGAAUUGAGGACGAGCAGCUUUUGGCUUCCUCCAUGCUGAGGCAUGGUCUGGGUGCCCAGCGUGGUCGCCUAAACAUGCAGGCAGGGUCCAAUGAGGAUGAUUAUUUUGAUGGUGCUUGGUGUGCAGAAGAUGACAGCCGCAUACAGUGGCUCCAGGUGGACACCAGAAGAACCACGAAAUUCACCGGAGUCAUCAUUCAGGGCCGUGACUCUGUCAUCCAUGAGGACUUUGUCACCACCUUCUACGUGGGCUUCAGCAAUGACAGCCAAAACUGGGUCAUGUACAGCAACGGCUACGAGGAAAUGCUAUUUUAUGGAAAUGUCGACAAGGACACUCCAGUGAUGACCGAAUUCCCAGAGCCGAAGGUCGCCCGCUUUAUUCGUAUCUACCCACUGACCUGGAAUGGCAGCCUUUGCAUGAGGCUUGAAGUACUGGGCUGCCCCCUCUCCAGCAUCCAUAGUUACUACAGCCUGCAGAAUGAAGUGAUGACAUCGGUAGACAACUUGGACUUCCGCCAUCACAACUACAAAGACAUGAGACAGCUUAUGAAGGUGGUAAACGAAGAGUGCCCCGACAUCACCCGCAUCUAUAACAUUGGCAAGAGCUCCCGAGGGCUAAAGAUAUAUGCCAUGGAGAUCUCUGACAAUCCAGGGGAGCAUGAACUAGGGGAGCCAGAGUUCCGCUAUUCUGCAGGAAUCCACGGCAAUGAGGUGCUGGGGCGUGAGCUCCUGCUAAUGUUGAUGCAGUUUAUGUGCAAGGAGUACAAAGAUGGGAACCCCCGGGUGCGGAACCUGGUGACCGAGACCCGCAUUCACCUUGUCCCCUCACUCAACCCCGAUGGCUAUGAGAUUGCCAGCCAGAUGGGCUCUGAGCUUGGGAACUGGGGUUUGGGGCACUGGAACGAGGAAGGGUAUGAUAUCUUUGAGAACUUCCCUGAUCUGAACAGCAUCCUAUGGGCUGCAGAAGAACGGAAAUGGGUUCCACACAAAGUCCCCAAUCACCACAUUCCCAUCCCUGAGCAUUACCUGGCAGAGGACUCCUCAGUGGCAGUGGAAGUGCGAGCCAUCAUGGCCUGGAUGGACAAGAUUCCUUUUGUUCUUGGUGCCAAUUUUCACGGUGGGGAAAAGUUCGUCUCGUAUCCCUUCGACAUGGCCCGCCCGGCCAGUGAGAAUGAAGUGGCCCCAGCAGUCCAACAGGACUACGAGGAGGAGAACCCAGAAAUCAAAGAGACCCCUGACCACGCCAUCUUCCGCUGGCUGGCCAUUUCCUAUGCUUCGGCCCAUCUGACCAUGACUGAGACCUUCCGUGGGGGGUGUCACAAUCAAGAUGUCACCAAUGGCAUGGGGAUUGUCAAUGGCGUCAAGUGGCAUCCACGAGUGGGCAGCAUGAACGAUUUCAGCUACCUCCACACCAACUGUCUGGAACUCUCCAUCUACCCAGGAUGUGACAAGUUCCCCCACGAAAAUGAACUGGCUCAGGAGUGGGAGAACAACAAGGAGUCAUUAUUGACAUUCAUGGACCAGGUACAUCGUGGCAUCAAGGGUAUGGUGAAAGACCAGCAGGGAGACCCCAUUGCAAAUGCCAGCAUUUCUGUUGUGGGGAUCAACCAUGAUGUAAUAACAGCGAGUGGGGGUGAUUACUGGCGCAUCCUGAACCCUGGGGAAUAUCGCGUCACUGCCAGAGCUGAUGGCUACAAUCCCAGCAUCAAAACCUGUCAUGUCUUCUAUGACAUUGGAGCUACCCAGUGUGAUUUCAUCUUGUCCCGUUCCAAUUGGAAGCGCAUUCGAGAAAUUAUGGCCAUGAAUGGAAACAGACCCAUGUGGGGGCCUGGGCCCGACCGGCCCAUGACACCCAGGGAGCGCCUUCGCUGGAGGAUGCGCAUGCGUCAGAGAGCACGCCUGCGCCAACAGAUGCGCAACCGCCUGAUGCGCAACGCCACUAGCAGCGUUCCUACCACUCCUGUCCCAACAACAGCCUUCCCCUUUCUGUUCAGCAGCACCACACUCCCACCCUGGAGCAGAGAACCUCCCACCACCGAAGAAGCAACCACCUGGGAGACCGAGGUCUACACAGUGGUUGUAACUGAUUGGGAAACUGAUGUCACUACAGAGGCGGAUGCCUGGGAAGAGACCACAGGCACUCCUUUCCCCAUGACCACAGCAGAGACAUACACAGUGAACUUCGGAGAUUAGUGACAGAUGGCAAGCUUGCUAUGACUGUUGCCCUGGGACAAUGAAAUUCCAAAAGCUGGUGCCC